AUGUUACGUCAGUGCAUUACGCUUGCGGUUUUGGGGUGUGCUUUCGCGACUCCUAUAGCUCAAUACCAACAUCAGCAACAGCAGGAUGAAGGCAUUCCUCCACAUCUACUGAGACAAUACAUCGGCGGAGGUCAGACUCAAGCGCAGCAUAUACCUCGACCUGCUCCUCAGCCUACACCAGCGCCCGCAAGACUUCCUUACAAUGUUCAAGAAGAACAGUACCAGCCCAGACCUCAGUACCAGCCGCAGCCACAGCCGCAACCUCAACAGCAAUACAGGCCCCAGCCACAGCGUGAGCCUGAAGACUAUGAUCCUCAUCCUUCCUACCAGUUUGGUUUCGAUGUGAGCGAUGACCAGUUCACCAACUACCAGAACCGCAAAGAGCAAAGAGAUGGUGAUGUCAUCAAGGGAUCAUACUCAGUCGUAGACAGUGACGGUUUUAUUAGGACUGUAACUUACACUGCUGAUCCUAAAGAAGGCUUCAAGGCUGAGGUUUCCCGUCAACCCACCGACAUCGUAGUCAAAUUCCCGACCCCAAAACCUCAACUUGCUCAGCCCCAGAUUCCUCAGCAACAGCAGGCGCACCAGCCUCAACUUCAACAACAGCAAAGACCACAACAAGCGAACCCACAAUACUACCGCUACGAAUAA